AUGUAUUUGAUGGAAACCUGUCCGGAACAAGGAUUUAUAAAACUUGCAUCCUACGAAAACCAAUUAAUUCCUGGUUCUUUUGGUACUGCUAUGCAAAAUUUUAUUCCUCAAGAUUUUAAGCAAACGAGUUAA